UGUGGAGAAAUCGGACCUUGGUCGAUACAACUGUUCCGUUCGUAAUCUACAACGAGAAAGAAUCUUUGAAAUGGGCGCCAACAGCGGCUCGAAAGGUUUCGCAUUUUUCGCGGCAUUACUUCUUCUCAUCGAAACUGUCCACAGUCUACGAUGCUAUCAGUGCAUCAGCACAAACAACACGCAUCCCUUCCAAUGCAACGAAUUACUCUCGAGCGACAUCGAUAUCGAACCACAGCCUUGCGAUGCUGUUUUUGGUGCAAAAUACUGCGUGAAGCACACAGGCCGAUUUGAGGGCGGAAUAGGUACCAAACGAUUCUGUUCAGCGCUGGAUCUGGGAAACUAUUGCGAUUAUGUGAAACGACAGGGAGAUAAGUUGACUUAUCGAACUUGCAUCUUCACCUGCUCUGGCGACGGAUGCAAUCCAGCGACCACGUUCAGACCAACCAUCGCGUGGAUCGUACCGAUUGGAUCGUUAAUAGUUUAUAAAAUACUUUUCCAAAGAUAGACAUUUAGAGGGGAUUUCAUGGCAGCUAUCAAGUACAGACAAUUUUGAAUCUCGACUGGUAGGGUUAUGUCGUAAUUUUGUAAUGUAUAAAUCAAAGAUGGCCGGCACGAUUAGUUAUGAGCAUGACUCAUAACUAAACUGCGGAUUUUAUGCAUUUAUAAUGCAUGCAAUAAUAUAUAAAACAUACAUAAUGUAUGUUGAAUAUAUUUUACCAUUAAUAUAAUAAUGAUAUUUCAUUUUAUAUAAGUGCACAUACCUCUUGGUUAUGUUUAGCACGUGUUUAUUAUGUUAAUUUGUACCACAAAUGCAUAGAGUGAAUUGCUUUAUAAAGUAAUUUUGAUCCGUCCUAAUGUUCAUUAAUAUUAACUUUAUAUAUAUUUCAAGGGAGCAAUUUACACUUGACUAACGUUAUGAUAUUCGAGAAACGUUCGUGUGCCUUCUUUACCGCGAAACUUUAGCUUGUAAGGACUCGUAUGGUAUGAGUCAUGCUAUUGACAUGGCUUGGUACCCUU